UGGACACUGAUAGGCAGCACUGAUGGGCACUGAUAGGGGGCACUGAUGGGCAGCACUGAUGGGCACUGUGUAUGGGGGCCCAGGGGCGGACUGACAACUCAUGAGGCCCUGGGCAAUAGGGGAUCAUGGGGCCCCUGUGUCCUUGGCCAAACUUAAAAAAGCCUAUGAAAAAGGUACCAGGGGCAUCUCAUGAGGCCCCCUACUGACCCCGGGCCCUCGGGCAGUGCCCCAGUUUCCAAAUGGUCAGUCCGCCUCUGAGGGGGCCUA